CAAUUUAUUUUAUAUCAUCGAAUAACAACUAACAUGUUAGACGAAAAUUUUGGACAAUUGAGUUAUCUAGGACCAUCGCGAGAUAGACUUGUUUCCAAGUCUACACAUUCGAUGCAUGCACCGUCCAAAAUCGAAGGCAAUGACAUCAAUGCAGCUCACCAAUGGCGUGAAGCAACCAUUGAAGAUCUACCUUUCAUUAAAAAUUUGGUAGAUGAUGAAGUGCGUGAAUUCUUUGGCGACGUAUAUUUAGCAAGCCUAAUUGAAUUGUGUCCGCAUUCAGUCGUUAUUGAAGAUGUCUCCAGGCAAAUCGUCGGCUUUCUUUGUCUAAAUAACUAUCCUAACAUAAGUGCACUUUCACCGGAAGUAUGGACCGAUUGGAUGAAACAUCAUUACAAACUUACCGAAUUGCAGUACCAGAAUACCUUAUUCGUGCAUUAUAUUGUUUGGAAAAACACUUUGCGUUCAGAUUGCCUCCACGCUUAUCUUGAAGAUUUGUUCUUGAAUUGCGUAAAAUUGGAAUAUGUUUGUUUGGUAGCACCCGCCAAUGAUGCCGGAAUAUCGUUUGUCAAGAACUCCUUCAUUAAAAUGUUAUUCAGCCGAGCACUUCCAUUCGGGAGCUUUAUACCAAUGAAAACUCAGUCCUUGCAUAUCUGCUUUCGAAGCAGUUUAGUAGCAAAAAUGAAAAUCCGCCGUGCAUUGCCAGAGGAUAAUGAUGAUUUAGUGGAAAUUCUGGAUGCCACCGCACCAAAACUUCGAAACUACUAUGGAGACUUUUAUAUUGCUGAAAUUGUCACAAAACAUGAACCGAACCGGAGCAUUAUUGUUGCUGAGAUAAACAAUCAAACUGUUGGAAUGAUGUGUCUGAACACAAACGUUGAUUUGGAAAAGCUUAAUCAGAACUUCCAACUAAUACCAUUCCACGCCUUACGCAAGUACCGUUUUAAUAUGGCAUUCGAUGAAAUGGAAGUCAGAGAAAUCGUAGCCCGAGAAUCACAAGUUUUUUUUGCGGGAAUGAAUAAUGCUGAUGAUGAAGAUGACGAAAUGACAUUCACGGUUGACACCCAAUACACAGUUCCUUCGCAGACAACACAAGGAUCACAAAUUGAGACUGAAAUCACCAAAGAUGAAAGGUCCAAUACAAAUUUGAAGAAGAGUAUCCCCGAAUCAGAAGAGGCUGCCUGCACUUUAGACAUCGAAGUAAUGGCAGAGUGGCAAGACGUGCUAAAAACCCUUGCAGAUCGAGACGCAUACUACCAAGAAUUCACGAGACAAGUAAAGCUUCCGCAAACAGAUCCAAAUGUUAUGGCUAUUGAAUUAUUUGGAAUAUCAGCGGAAGUAGAUGAGCGAAGUGCUAUCGACUUACUAAAAGCUGCAUUCGAUACAUACCGAGAUCGUGACUACUGUCUCCUGACGAUCCCAACUACAGCAUAUUUGCCGUCAUUCUUGAAUUAUUUCACGGUAGAAAACACACUUAAUUUACCUCCAAAUAAUAGCUUAUAA